GAGACAGAGAGGGAGAGAGACGGAGAGAGCGGGAGGGGCAGAGGGAGAGAGCCCGGCGCAGUGUCGGUUUGUGAGCGGCGUUCCCCGGGACCCGGGUUCGUGUUUCGCCACCGGGAGCGCGGGAUGUCGCCUCUCUCUCUCGCCCUGCUCAUCGUGGAACUCUUCGGCUUCUCGGCGCCGUCCAAACCCCCUCGCUUCGACCGCACUCUGUUUCUCAUCGCUGAGAGUGACCGGGGAGGUCUCUGCAACAUCGAUUGCUCCAGAGCCCAGCAGAAGCCCGUGUGUGGCAGUGACAAGAAGCUCUACAAGUCCCACUGUGCCUUCCAGCGCGCAAAAUGCAGGGACCCCACGCUCAGCACCAUGCCACGGAGUCGCUGCAGCGACAGGGCUAAAGUAAGAUGCCAGGAAGACCGGGCCCAGGCACUGGCUCAGACUCGGAAGGCUACGGACUCCAUCAUCGUACCAGAAUGUAAUGAGGACGGUACCUUUGCACAGGUUCAGUGCCACAAGUUGACAGGAUACUGCUGGUGCGUAACACCAGAGGGGAAACCAGUCAGCGGAUCAUCAGUCCACAACCAGACUCCAACCUGCUCAGAACAAGGCAUCAAGCUCCGAGCUACGAGAAGAACAAUGACUCGUAACAAAGGCACGGGUGGAGCAGUGGAUGGUCCCAAGCAGAAACCAGCGGAGGAGAAGCAUAAAGAUGCCCUUCUGACCUCCAAAAAUCCAGAGCUGACUUACCCGGCCCUCUGGUUCCUGUUCAUCAGAGAUGCCAAGUCCAACCGCAGCACCAAGCUGGACCAGCCGGUGUCGUGCGAGCAGGAGCGGCACGCUGCCAUCGAGGAGGCGAAGCAGCAUCAGUACGAGGGUGCGUUUGUGCCGCAGUGCAGCUCCGCGGGUCUGUACAGGGAGGUACAGUGCCACCAAGCCACCGGUUACUGCUGGUGUGUGCAGGUCAACACCGGACACCCGAUUCAAGGCACCACGGCACGCAACCAGACCCCCAACUGCGGGAGUGGUGCUCGGUCCAAGAUCGCGGAGAUGGGCCCCCUCUUCAGGGACAGGAAGCUCCAGGGUUGCCCAGGUGGCAAGAAGACUGAGUUUGUCACCGGACUGCUGAAGUCCCUCGUUAUGGACAUGGCCCAGGCUGGCUCCCAUCUAACGUGGACGAGCGUGGCGGAAAGAUCGGCCGGCUUUAUGCUGCAAGACCGCGCCAUUCGCUGGUACUUUGGCCGGCUGGACAAGGACCUCAACGACGAGAUCUCCGAGAAGGAGCUGAGGACCCUCAAGGUCUACCUGAGGAAAAAGGCAACGCCCAGAAGGUGCACCAGGAAGUUCAUUGAAUACUGCGACCUCAACGGCAGCAAGUCCAUUUCACUGCACGAGCUGAAGGGCUGCUUGGGAUACAUCAAAAGCAGAACAAACAAGCAAUGAGUGAAAGCAGCUUGGGGGACGCAAGAGUUGAGCAAACGACCCACAACAAACCAGCUGGAUUGAAGCACUUCAGACGACAAACUUCCCCUUUGGCAGAUAUUUGCACUGUGAAUUGUAGAAUGAUUGUAAAAAGCAUUUAUAGAUUGUAAAACAGCCUUCGAUAUGUAACCUAGCCGUGUUGGCUGUUGAAUUGUAAAAUACUGGUAUACUUGAGCCUUUGCAACCCACGUAGUUUAGGAACAAAACGACUGCAUCUAGUUAACAUACAAUGUAUGUGCUUUUGUAUUUCUGCUGAAGCUUAAAAUCCGUUGUGUCAGCAAUUUUUUUUUUUUUUUUUUUUUUUUGACGAGAUUCAUAAAAGUGAAGCAGAAGGAAUCUGGAAUCUGAGGCUGGCUCACAGCAACAUCUUGCAAUUGUUAGGCGUGGUGACUUGUCAAUCUGAAAUAGGUGUUGAUUUACAAAGGUAUAAAUUCCAGAAUGUGCCAAGGGCCAAGGUUCAAACUUUGGUCUAGAGUUUCACUGGGAUUAGAGCGUUUACUGUUCUGUGUCUGUGUCUGGGUGAGAUUCUUGGUUUCUUGGUCCCCCAAAAUAUUCCAACUGGAAUUUAAACUGGAGGUGGUGAAGGGAGGGCUUAAACCAGAAAGGGUUAGAAACAUAGAAACAUAGAAAUUAGGUGCAGGAGUAGGCCAUUCGGCCCUUCGAGGCUGCACCGCCAUUCAAUAUGAUCAUGGCUGAUCAUCCAACUCAGUAUCCCAUACCUGCCUUCUCUCCAUACCCUCUGAUCCCCUUGGCCACAAGGGCCACAUCUAACUCCCUCUUAAAUAUAGCCAAUGAACUGGCCUCAACUACCCUCUGUGGCAGAGAGUUCCAGAGAUUCACCACUCUCCGUGUGAAAAAAGUUCUCCUCAUCUCGGUUCUAAAGGAUUUCCCCCUUAUCCUUAAGCUGUGACCCCUUGUCCUGGACUUCCCCAACAUCGGGAACAAUCUUCCUGCAUCUAGCCUGUCCAACCCCUUAAGAAUUUUGUAAGUUUCUAUAAGGGUUAUUGGGAAGAAAGAGCUACUUUAAAUGUAGUUGCAUCUGGUUGGGUAACUAUAGUAGGGUGGAGAUUAUUCCAUGCUUUAAUUGUGUGCGGGGGAAGAACGAAUUGCUGUACACAUCUGUCUUUGUAGCUGGGAUCACAAAUUGGAUCGAAUGCCCUCGUCUGCUCCUAAUUGGUUUGGUGUAGGUCUUGUAGUCUAUGUCGAGCUGACCAUUUAACAUUUUGUAAAAACAGGUCAAACGGUGAGCUUCAUGUAGAUGCAGGAAAUGUGAGUGUUACCGGGGUGUGAGGGCAGCCUAUACUGUGUAAGGUACACUGCGUUUAUUACCCAUUCCUUCUCUCCAGAGAUGCUGCCUGUCCCGCUGAGUUACUCCAGCUUUUUGUGCCUUAUCUACUG